AGCAGUUAGAAAUGAUAGCCUUGUAAAGAAAAGGGAAACUCAAAUAUGGCUUCCAUUUAGCCACGUUCGAUGUUAGACAUGUGGUGGUUGUUCUGCAUCUUGGUGGCUGACGGAGGAUGGAAUGCAGAAUCUAGCCUUGCUGCUCGUGGGUUCAGUUCUUUGAUCUGGGGAUCUGGGUUCUUCUGCUUCCCUUGACCAAGUCUUGGAGCCUCGUCUUCCCUUGCCUCUUCAGCUCGGAGCAUUUCGAUCCUCAUCUCUGUCCACCGCCAUGUAAUCUCUCACCCGUGAUUCACUGUGUUGAGCGUCUUUGAGCGACUCCCAGGAGGCGGCUAAUGACAUUGUGUUCAAUAGUCAUGGACUCGGUCGGAUCGGACGAGCUGAUUGCGCUUGGUGCUACUUCGUUUGUUUUGAUUGCAAGAGAGCUUUCAGUGUUUACUGCUUCUAGUUCAAGUGUUUAAGAUCCUUUGGUGGAUGACUCCUUCUGAGUUUUGUGCUCUUCUUGUUGUAUUUCUGAAGCUCAGAUUGAGCAUCUUUGUGCUUCUGUUUUUCUGUCCUUGUUCUAUUUUUGGUUUGCUUUGUUGGCUCUCUUGUAAUUGAUCAUUCAAAGUGCAAUGCAAGUAUUCCCUUUGUAAAAAAAAAAAAUACAAUGACGCAAGUAGUUGCCACCUCUUCUAUUUAAAGAAGGAAGCUGUCCCAUUUGCAAUUGCAGGCUUCUUAGCUUCGGUCUAAAAGAGGCAAUUGUCGGAGAUGGAAAUGGCGCAUGUGCUUCAUAUGAAUGGUGGAACGGAAGACACAAGCUAUGCUGCCAACUCCUUGUCCCAGCGGAAGGCCGGUGAUAUCAAUGACCCAGCCCAUAAUAGAGGAAGCCGCUAUGGGGCUCGUCAGCAGCUCCAACUUCUCCGGACGGAAUCUAGCGAUCGCCGACCUGGGAUGCGCUUCAGGACCCAACACUCUUUUCGCUGUGUCAGAACUCAUCAAAGCACUAGACAAAGUAAGAAGGAAGUUAGGUCACGUAUCUCUCGAGUUUCAGGUUUUUCUGAAUGACCUCCCUGGAAAUGACUUCAACAGUGUCUUCAGACUUCUCGUUCUUUCUGAGCUGAAGGGCGCAAGAACUGGUGCGAGGAGGGCGAAUUCUUUUUGCAUUAUUGGGAAGGAAAGUCAAGGCCCAUCCACCGUGCAAUGCAUUUAUCUCCUCGAACUCUUGUCUGAUGUACUCAACCAAAUGGCCUUCGAUGGAUUGAUAGAUCAAACGAAACUGGAUUCCUUCAAUCUUCCAAUUUACAUGCCAUCCCCUAUGGAAGUACAAGUUGAAGUCCAAAAACAGGGCACUUUCACCAUUGAGCGUCUAGAGGUUUGGGAAUCCAGUUGGAAUCCCCAUGAAGGGGAAGUAGACUUGCCUGAAUCCCUACAAGACGGUGGGCGCAAUGUGGCGAGGUGCAUCAGGGCGGUGAUGGAACCACUACUAGUCCGUCAGUUUGGUCCACAAAGGAAAAUUAUGGAUGAGAUAUUCCUGAGAUAUGGAGUUAUUCUCUCAAAUUGGAUGGCCAUGGAGGAAGCUAACUAUGUGAAUGUCAUUGUAUCGCUAACUAAGCCCUAGUGUUGCACAAGACAUGUUCACAUAGUAUCAUCAUGUUUCAUGUAUCGUGCUACUGUGUAGAGCAUAUCAUGUUAUUUGGCGCUAGAAACUUACGAUUUUUCUUCCAUAAUUUUGAAUAAAAGGACAAUUUUCAUAUUA